ACAAAGAUCGUGAAUACAAUUCUGGGGUGAUAAUAAUUCGUAAAUGUACUAAUUAAAAUUCGGGCAUAACAUUGUAAAUGCUCUGAUUCAGCGUUUUUUUUUUGUGCUGAUUUAUUGUUGACCGUGACGAAAGCGCGCUAAAGGCAUGGAGAUGAGUGCUGCAAUGAUUGCACGUGUUACCUUCUACCCCACCCUACUUUACAAUGUACUUAUGGAGAAGGCUUCGGCCCGCAACUGGUACGACCGGGUCGAUGAGAACGUUAUACUGGGCGCGCUACCAUUCCGAAAUCAAGCACAUGACCUGAUCACCAAAGAAAAUAUGAAGGCUGUGGUGUCAAUGAACGAGGACUAUGAGUUAAGCGCCUUUUCAAACGAUGCUCCUAAGUGGAAAAAUAUUGGUGUGGAGUUCCUACAGUUGGCCACAACGGAUAUUUUUGAGUCGCCAAAUCAAGAGAAAUUGUUCCGUGGCGUCGAGUUUAUUAAUCGAUUUUUACCCCUGACAAAAAGAAUAAAGGGUCUGAGCACAACACAGGAUCCGGAGAAUAUUGGAACCGUGUACGUGCACUGCAAAGCGGGACGUACGCGUAGCGCCACUUUGGUCGGUUGCUACUUAAUGCUGAAAAACGGAUGGACGCCAGAUCAAGCUGUCGACCAUAUGCGUCACUGCCGUCCGCACAUCUUGCUUCACACCAAACAAUGGGACGCGCUUAGAAUAUUUUACACAAAGAAUGUGGCGGCAAAGUCAUGACCUAUACCUGAAAAUAGAUAAACGUCUAUUACGUUCAUACAUACAUACGUAAAGAUACGCAACAAAAGGUGCCUGUUUUUGUUACACACAUACAUAUGUAAUUUUAAUUUACGUGCUGUUUCUCGUGUUCAAUGAUGUUUUUUAAAUACAUUCUUAAAAAGUCACGUUUACCUGACCGAA